AUGAAUUUGAUAAACAAAUCAAUAUGGAUACUCGUAGUGUUUAUGGGAGGAAAUUUAUUAAUGAAAACUGCAGCUCAACUGCAAGUGAAUGAUACAGAAGAAAUAGAGGUAGAGAAGAAAAGUGAAAUUUUGUCUAGAAGAAAAAGGUUCAUUAUAUUUCCUGAAGGUAGUUCUUUACAAUUGGUAUUCUGCACAACGUACGCAAUGAUCUUUAGAAUUGGAGACAUCUUUCUGUACGGGUCAACAGCUGCGUUGGCUUGGGAGCUACCUCAAGACCCAUAUUCGCCUUUCAACCACAAAGCUGAUCCACUCCAUCGAAGAGUUGACACCAAAGUAAUAUACUAUACUAAUGAAGAUGGAAAGAUUAUUGACAAGAAGCCAUAUCAUAGAAAACCCAUAGUGAAUCCUGCUUUCGCAAAACGCAGCGUCGACCAACUGGACAAAAAAGGAACUUUCGAGAAAUCGAAAAUAGACAGGAAACAGAUGCAUGCUUUGGAAAACAAACGGACAUAUUUGAACGAACGCAUGAUGCAGCAGAGCGUUGAAUUUCACAGAAGCAGCCGUACCUCACUUUACCAGAAAAUAGAGACGAUGCUUCACGGUCUUGGCGUGAACGGGAAGCACUGUGUGCUGAAAUCUUUAUGCCUGGUCGGUCAAACGAAGGAUCAUCCUCAAGGCAUGUUCUUCCAAGAAAUAAUGAGAGCGGUUUUCACUUUACCCAAAAAUUCUGUGGGUGUUCAAGACAAACACGCGGCAUACGACGCAGCUCUCUCAGCAACGGGUUCCUGUGAUGAACUGUAUCCAGAAUGUGAUGACCCUUCACUCGAACCAGACUCGCCUAGAUUUUCUUAUUGA